AUGGUCUCCUUGCUGGUGCGACUGGUUGUUUUAGCCCUAUCCGUGGCCUGCGUGCAGGGCCUGGACGUUCUUGGGGGGGCAUCGACUCAACACAAGCACAAGCACAAGCAUCACAAGCACCACCACAAGGAGCACAAAGCACUUUCCACAGCCCCAGCAUCCCCAGCGCCACCGAGCCUUCCGCAGAUUUCCUUGCCAAGCCAGCCCAACCCGACAGAACCAAAAAGCACAGACGCCGGCCAACAAGAGCUGCAGCACAUUGCUAAACAGCUUCAGAGUAUGGUGGCGCCGGCCGAGCCCUCGACCCAGCAAGGAGUUCAGCUUGCCGCCUCAGCUCCAGUGCCGGCAGUGCCUUCAACCCAGUCAUUGGCAGUAUUUGAUAGCGAAGCCCAACAGGCCUUGCCUGCCAUCGUCGAUGAUGUGCGAAAGGCAGCAGCCCACAAAGCACCGCUGGAUGAACUCAAGCAAACCCGCAGCUCGGAAGUUACAUUGCUGAAGGAACAGGAGGCUCUGCUGACUGCUGGGCAGGCGGGCUUGGACAAGAGCGCUCUGCAACAGCAGGUCGACUCCACGAAGACCAUGAUUCAGAGCUUGGACAGUCAGAUCGCCUCCAAGCGCCAGGAUGCCGUGAACAUAUUGGGCAAGGCGCUCUCAGACGCGAAUACGGCUCUGGUGCAAGCAUCCAGCGAGGAAGCAGCCCAGGAGGCCGCGGCAAAAGCAGCUGAGAAGCAGAUCAAGGUUGCUCAGCAGCAGAAGGUGAACGCGAAGAAGGUCAUUGAACAAGCACAGAAGGUCAUGGAAGUCUUCGGUGGCCUCAUCCCUCCGACCCCACGACCUGAGGUGUUGGCUGUGUCUCCAUCGCCAACUCCUCCUCAAGCAAGUGAGCCACAAGAGCUGAGCUAG